CCAUGUGGGGAACAAUAACAAAGUAACACCAGCGGAAGCUGUGAUCCCGUAACUUCCGUGAAUAGAUCAUUGAGUCCUAAGUUACUUUAAAUGGAGCUCCAGGAAAGAGUAGCGGUUCCGAUUUUUACUGAAGUGGACCGGGACGUGUUUCUGAACCAGGUUUAUCCCGGGCGCUGCCCUGCGGUCCUGCGGGGCGUGGAUCUGGGCCCAUGUGUGGACAGGUGGACAGUUGAAUACCUGGCGAUGACGGGAGGUCAGAGGGAGGUGAAGGUCCACGUCUCCUCUGUACCUCAGAUGGAUUUCCUGCAUAAAAACUUCAUCUACAGGACUCUGCCGUUCGAUGAGUUCGUCAGGAGAGCAGCUGAGACCAAACACUCUGACUUCUUCCUGGCUGAGGAGGAGAGCUACUACCUCCGCUCGUUGGGGGACGAUGCCCGGAAGGAACCCGCUGACCUGAGCAGACAAUUCCCGGACCUGGCUGAGGACUUUCACACGCCGCAGUUCUUUGAGCCGGACCGGUUCUUCUCCAGUGUUUUCCGGAUCAGCUCCUGUGGUCUGCAGCUGUGGACCCACUAUGACGUGAUGGACAACCUGCUGGCUCAGGUCACAGGAAGGAAGAGGGUCGCCCUCUACAGGCCCCAGGAUGCAUUGCACCUCUACCUCAACGGUGACAAAUCAGAGGUUCUGGACAUCGAUGCUCCGGAUCUGAAACGGUUUCCUGAGUUUAUAAAAGCCACAAGAUAUGACUGCGUUCUGGAGCCUGGAGAUCUGCUUUUCAUCCCUGCGCUGUGGUUCCAUAACACCCUCGCUCUGCACUUUGGAGUCGGCGUUAACGUCUUCUGGCGCCACCUGCCUGCAGACGCGUAUGACAAGAAGGACCCGUACGGCAAUAAAGACCCGCUGGCCGCUGCUCAGGCGCUGCAGACUCUGGAGAGGGCGCUGCACGCUCUGGACGAGCUUCCGGCGGAGUACCGAGACUUCUACGGCCGGCGGAUGGUCAAACGCAUCCAGAACCGGACUUACUGCCACAAUCCAGAGUCAGAAACUACAAUACCCAGAAGUCUGUCCCAUAAACCUGGAUGAGUCUUUAAGGAUCUAUGAAGCAACAGAAACAGAGAAUAUCAGUUAUUUCUUUGUAUAAAUGUUAGUAAAAUUUCACUUCUUGGUUUAAUUUAUUAAGAAUUAACAAAUUUUUCUGGAAAGAAACAAAACCAUAAAAUCAGAUCAAAUGUGAUUCAGUUUUUGAGCAAAAUAAAGAAAAUGUUUCUGUUCUUACUGGAAACUGUGGCGUCAUCUGGAGUUGGGUCAGAACCAUCUGCUGCCAAUAUGACUGCAAGAGGAAAUAUUAAAGUUCAGCAGAUUGCAUACAAUAAAAUCCGAUGAAAACACGACAUGAAGGAGUUCCAAUCAUCAUGCAUUUU